AUGGCAACGAUGGAGAACGAUACGUCCCUGAACUGGAAUGGAGGGUGGGAGUCGCCCGACUACUUCCGGCUUUUUGGGGAAAGCGUCUACAACGACACCGUUCUGGAUGUGCGGGUACCACCAGAAACGGCAACAUCAUCGGUGCACAUCCCUUCGGUGGCUACCGUGCUUUCCAAUGCGACCGCCGAUGCCGCUACCAACGAUACCGACCAAUACUACGCCGAUGAUCCGGCUCCCUACAACGAUUCGCUCGAGUCACCCAUAGGCGAUGGUACCGGUUCCCGGGGGAGCAUUUUCGAACUGCUAGCCGAGGAUAUUGGGGCCAUUUUCUACAACGCCAACGGAACGUAUGGGAACGAUACGACGGGUUUGGCCGUCAACUGCUCCCUUACAAACACGACUUGCAUCGGACCAACGGAAGUGAAAGAGUAUCACUACUGGUGCCUGAUACUAGUGCUGUUCCCGAUCCUGACUCUAUUUGGAAAUGUGCUGGUGAUAUUGGCUGUUUGCCGUGAACGAACCUUACAGACAGUGACCAAUUAUUUUAUAGUGUCGUUGGCGAUAGCUGAUCUAUUAGUGGCUGUAGUCGUGAUGCCAUUCGCUGUGUACGUGUUGGUGAAUGGUGCAUGGACGUUGCCAAAUUUUGCUUGUGAUUUCUAUAUAGCUAUGGAUGUGAUAUGCUCAACUUCGUCGAUAUUUAAUUUAGUUGCAAUAUCAAUAGACAGAUACAUCGCGGUAACACAACCAAUCAAGUACGCGAAACAUAAAAACAGCCGCCGGGUGUGUCUGACGAUCCUGCUCGUGUGGGCAAUAUCGGCUGCGAUCGGAUCGCCGAUAGUGCUGGGACUGAACAACACGCAAGACCGAUCGCCCGACCUCUGUGUGUUCUACAAUACCGAUUUUAUAGUGUACUCGUCCCUAACUAGCUUUUAUAUCCCGUGUAUCAUAAUGGUCUUUUUAUACUGGAAUAUUUUUAAGGCACUGCGAACGCGAGCGAAAAAGCAACGAGCCGCCCGGAAGCCGCACCUCUCGGAGAUCACUGCCGGGGGCAGCAUCAUCGAGAACAUUGCUCAAACAAAGCGCCUAGCGGAAACGCAACUAGAUGGAAGUACGCGUAGCGGGUCCAAGAUCCUUCCGGAUGAGGAGCGACCCACCAAUACAGCAUCCGGUUCCAAUGAAGAAGACGACGAGAAUGCCGGGUCCCCUGACAUUGACGACUGUCAUGUGAUUGUGAACGAUAAAUCAACAGAAUUUAUGUUGGCAACGGUCGUGGAGGAGGCGGGAAACAAAAGCUUCUCGACGUCUACUUUUAGCGUGGUGGCACAAAUCGCAACGACGCAACAGGUACCGUCCGAUCCGAACGGGAACCACGACUCCGGCUAUGCUCCAUCCAGCAUCGCCGACGCCCUGGCGGUGAAUGCAACCCCACCGGAAAGCCUCAACGUGGCCGCCACGGUGAUUGUAAAUAAAAGUGCAACCAUCCGAAGCCGCAACGGUUCACCGAGAAAGGAGGCAAGUGUUACCUUAAAACCCCUAUCGUUAGUUAGAUGCGGUGUCCAACAGGCCCUGUCACUCAAUCGGAACGAUUCCACCUUAUCAACGAACUCUCGGGAUAGUUCCAGGAAGGACAAAAAGAAUACCCAAGCAUCCAGAUUCACAAUCUACAAAGUAAACAAAGCGUCGAAAAAGAAGCGAGAGAAAUCAUCAGCCAAGAAGGAAAGGAAAGCUACCAAAACAUUAGCGAUAGUCUUAGGAGUGUUUCUUUUUUGCUGGGUGCCGUUCUUCACCUGCAACAUCAUGGACGCGAUGUGCGCGAAGCUUGACAAGGACUGCCGGCCGGGCGUCACGAUAUUUAACCUAACCACGUGGCUCGGCUACAUGAACAGCUUCGUCAAUCCCGUCAUCUACACCAUCUUCAACCCCGAGUUCCGGAAAGCUUUUAAAAAGAUCAUGCACAUCGAGUGA